GGGCCGUGAGCACCAAUGGCGCUGCGCGGCGCCGUGGAGGGGGGGACCCCUGACCAAUGGCGGCGCGGCGGGGGCCGCCCGGCAGCCAAUGGGCGGGCGCGCGGGGGGCGGCGCGGAUACAUGUUGCGGUGUCGCCAACGUGGGUCCGCGGCGAGCGGCGCUCGGGCCGGGCGGCAGCGGCGGCUCCGAGCCCGCGGCAGCGCACCGGGACAGGCCGGCGCCCGCCGAGCCCGAGCCGUGCGGAGCGGAGCGGGAGGAGCGGCAGGAAGCGCUUCCCGCGGCGGGGACGCGCACUCGACCCGGCCGGCAGUGCCCGGCGCAUGCCGGUGCCGUAGCGCCCCGCGGGGCCGGCGGCCGAGGCGAUGCUGCGGGCGGCGGAGCGGCGCUGAGCGCCCGCGGUGUGAGCGCUGCUGCCGCCGCCUCCUCUCGCCGCGGCCGUUCCCCGGUGCCGGAUACAAAAUGGCGCUGCCGUCACGGGCGGCGGCGGCGCUGCUGCUGCUGGCGCUGCUGGGCUCGGCCGCCGCCGGCUGCCCCGCGGGCUGCGCCUGCGGCGGGGACGCGCUGAGCUGCGGCGGGCUGGCGCUGCCCGCGCUGCCCCGGGACCUGCCCCGCUGGCCGCGGCACGUAAACCUGAGCUACAACAAGUUGACAGAGAUUGAUCCUUCUGCCUUUGCAGAGCUGUUGAACCUGCAGGAAGUGAGACUGGACAACAACGAGCUGAGUGCCAUUCCCUGGCUGGGACCUGCUGCUGCCAGCGUGCGCUCCCUGCACCUGCAUCACAACAGGAUCCGCAGCAUCGAGGGCAGCCGGCUGCAGCCCUUCGCUGCCCUGGAAACGCUGGACCUGAGCUUCAAUGACAUCACGGAAAUCCGGAACGGCUGCUUCCCACAGGGGCUGCACAUCAAGGAGCUCUACCUGGGGAGCAACAGAAUCAGCACCCUGGAGCCUGGAGCCUUUGACAGCCUGUCACGGUCCCUGCUGACCCUCCGUCUGAGCAGAAACAGGAUCACCCAGCUUCCUGUCAAGGCAUUCAGGCUGCCCAGGCUGAUACAGCUGGAGCUGAACCGAAAUCGCAUCCGCCUGAUCGAAGGGCUGACGUUCCAGGGCCUGGACAGCCUGGAGGUGCUGAAACUGCAGCGCAACAACAUCAGCAGGCUGACUGAUGGGGCCUUCUGGGGCCUGGCCAAAAUGCAAGUUCUCCACCUGGAAUAUAACAGCCUGACAGAAGUGAACAGUGGCUCUCUCUAUGGCCUUUCCUCCCUGCACCAGCUUCACCUCAGCAACAAUUCCAUAUCCCGCAUCAACCCCGAUGGCUGGAGCUUCUGCCAGAAGCUGCAUGAGCUGAUCCUGUCCUACAACAACCUGAGCAGGCUGGACGAGGGGAGCCUGGCAGACCUGGGGGGCCUGCACGUGCUGAGGCUGAGCCACAACUCCAUCAAUCACAUUGCAGAAGGGGCCUUCAGGGGACUCAAAAACCUCCGUGUCCUGGAACUGGACCACAACGAGAUCUCAGGCACAAUAGAAGAUACCAAUGGAGCCUUUACAGGCCUGGAAAACCUGAGCAAGCUAACUCUGUUUGGAAACAAGAUCAAGUCGGUGGCCAAGAAAGCGUUCUCAGGGUUGGAGGCUCUGGAGCACCUGAACCUCGGGGACAACGCCAUCCGCUCCAUCCAAGCCGACGCCUUUGGCAGGAUGAGGAGCCUGCGGCAGCUCCACAUCAACAGUGACAGCUUCCUCUGUGACUGCCAGCUGAAGUGGCUGCCCCAGUGGUUAGUGGAGAAGGAGCUGCAGUCCUUUGUGGAGGCCACCUGUGCCCAUCCUGAGUCACUGAAAAGCAAGAGCAUUUUUGCCAUCCAGCCAGAGAGUUUUGUGUGUGACGAUUUCCCCAAGCCUCAGAUCAUCAUCCAGCCCGAGACGACGGUGGCCGUGCUUGGCAAGGACAUCCGCUUCACCUGCCUGGCCGCCAGCAGCAGCAGCUCGCCCAUGGUGUUCGCCUGGAAGAAGGACAACGAGCUGCUGCACAACGCCGAGAUCGAGAACUUCGCGCACGUGCGCGCCAAGGACGGGGAGGUGAUGGAGUGCACCACCAUCCUGCACCUGCGGCACGUCACCUUCGCGCACGAGGGCCGCUACCAGUGCGUCAUCACCAACCACUUCGGCUCCACCUACUCCAACAAGGCCCGCCUCACCGUCAAUGUGCUGCCGUCGUUUGUCAAGACCCCGCACGACAUCACGAGCCGGACGGGGACGACGGCGCGGCUGGAGUGCGCGGCCGAGGGGCACCCGGCGCCGCAGAUCGCCUGGCAGAAGGACGGCGGCACCGACUUCCCCGCGGCGCGCGAGCGCCGCAUGCACGUCAUGCCCGACGACGACGUCUUCUUCAUCACCGACGUCAAGGUGGAGGACAUGGGCGUCUACAGCUGCACGGCGCAGAACUCGGCCGGCUCCGUGCUGGCCAACGCCACCCUCACCGUGCUGGAGACCCCGUCCUUGCUCCAUCCCCUGGAAGACCACGUGGUGUCGGUGGGCGAGACGCUGGCGCUGCAGUGCAAGGCCAGGGGCAGCCCCCCGCCCCGCAUCACCUGGCUGAAGGGCGACCAGCCCCUGGUGCUGACAGAGAGGCACCACUUCGCCUCGGGCAAGCAGCUGCUGGUGGUGCGCGGCGCGGUGCCGGAGGACGCGGGCCGCUACACGUGCGAGAUGUCCAACGCGCUGGGCACGGAGCGCGCGCACAGCCACGUCAGCGUGCUGCCCGCGCUGGGCUGCCGCCGCGACCGCACCACGCUGGGCAUCGUCACCAUCGCCGUGGUCUGCAGCAUCGUGCUCACCUCCCUCGUCUGGGUCUGCAUCAUCUACCAGACCAGGAAGAAGAGCGAGGAGUACAGCGUCACCAACACAGAUGAGACUAUUGUGCCUCCUGAUGUGCCAAGCUACUUGUCCUCCCAAGGGACUCUGUCGGAGCGCCAGGAAGUGGCCAUUGGAGUGGACAGCCAGCAGCCCAAUGGGCACAUUGACAGCAACGGGAUGUGUCAGGCUGAUGCUGGAAGGUGUCCAGAUGUUGAAGCUCCUGCUGUAGGUUGCAGACAGCCCAAGCUGUGUAUCAGCUAUAAUAAAGACACUUGGAAAACUGAGGACAUGGCCGAUGGAAUGCUUGUUCCAGAUAAGACAGGCUCGGGGCUGCCCGUGGUGUGCAGGGAGUGCAGCGGCAGCACGGACAGCGUCGGCGCGCACACGCACCCCCAGGACUCGGAGAGCCUCAGGGCAGUGGAGAGCGCCCAGCCCAGUGCACUGAGCAGCAAGGAGCGCCCCAGGAAGAGGGCUGCAGGCACCACCAGCCUUCUCCAUGCUCAGCCCUGCAAUGGCAUUGCCAGUGGCAAGAGGCUGGAGACAGACGGGACCCUCUACCCCAGCAACCACGACAGGAUAAGGGCGGAGGGCGCGGGCGGCUCUUCACAAGCAGCAGCAAAGCCUUCAGAGCUCAACAACCUUAAUUUGGUGAGAGCUUCACCUGCAGGAGGGUCACUAAAGCAACUGAACGUGCUUCCUGAAAUAUCCCCAGCACUACUGGAUCUGCAGAGGGAGGCAGAGGUGGGGCAGGCUCUCCUGCCCAGCAGCAGCACAGCCCAGCCCCACGACUCCACCCACGAGCCCAAGCUGCCCAGCAGGUCUCUGGACUGAGAGCACAGACUGACUGCCACGUGCAAAUUAACAAACACACUAUUACUUUUUUAAAUUUUUUUUUUUUUUUUUUUUUUUUUUUUUUUUUUGCACAGAGUAUAUAGGCUACUUACUUCUACCUCGAAUCUUGAACUGAUGGCCUGGCAAAGGCAACCAACUGAGGUAUGAGAAACAAGCUUGUAUGGGGAACAAACUCCUGUUCGAGCGUCAUCUGAUUGUACAUAGUUUAAAACUUCCCUGAGAAGUAUGAAGUGUUCAAAAGUCAACUUGCAUAUGAAGCACAUAAAUGCAAGGGAUUACUGUGUAAAGAGAAAAGUAUUUGAUACAAUUGUACAUAAGAGUUUUCAUAUAUAAAUAUAUAUAUAAAAAUAUAUAUAUAUAUCUUUUACAGAGGCUAUUUUAAUCUUUAGUGCAUGGGAAACUGAGUGAAAUUUUACAAUUUUGGCAAUAUUGUUUCCAGUAUCAGGUUGCUGUUAAACUUUGUGAGAGAAAUAAUUCUGGUGCCUUAAAUGCAUAAACAGAACUUUUAAAAGCCAGACCGUUCCAAAGGGAUUUUCCUCUUUUCAGUGGAAGUUCCUUUACACUAUGUACACCAGGGCUGGGGCAAUCCCAGGGGCUGGUUGGGUGGAGAAGUGACCAGGAGCAGCCCUGAGGAAAGAGACUUGGGGAUGUUGGUGGAUCAGAGGCUGGACAUGCCCUGGCCAUGUGUGCUCACAGCUCAGAAAUCCAGCUGUGUCCAGAGCCUUGUGGGCAGCAGAUUCUCCUGCUCUGCUCCACUCAGGUGAGACCCCACCUGGGCUUCUGCACACAGUUCUGGUGCCCUCAAUAUAAGAACUGUAGUGACGAGACCAGCAGUAAUGAGUUCAAACUCAGAAAGGGGAAAUUUAGGUUAAGUACAGAAAAAAUUGAAAUUCUGCUCUGUGAGAGUGAUGAUCACAAUGGCAUCCUGGCCUGUAUCAGUAGUGUGGCCAGCAGGAGCAGGGAGGUCAUUAUUCACUUGUACUCAGCACUGGUGAGGCUGCACAGUGAGUGCUGUGCCCAGUUCUAUCCCCUCAGUUUAGGGAGGAUGUUGAGAUGCUGGAGUGCAUCCAGAAGAGAGCAACGAGGCUGGUGAGGGGCUUGGAACACAAACCCUGUGAGGAGCAGCUGUGGGAGUGUGGGGGUGUUUAACCUGGAGAAAAGGAGAUUCAGGGGUGAGCUCAUCACCCUCUAAAACUCCUGAAAGGUGGCUGUGGUCAGGUGGGGUUGGGCUCUUCUCCCCAGCAAUGACUGACAGAACAAGAAGCCUUAAGCUGUGCCAGGGGAAGUUUAGGCUGGACAUCAGGAAAAAAUUCUUCACUGAAAGAGUGAUUGGGCAUUGGAAUGAGCUGCCCAGGGAGGUGGUGGAGUCACUGUCCCUGGAUGUGGCACUUAGCCACAUAAGGUGGUGUAAGGUCAUAGGUUGGACUUGAUCAUCUCAAAGGUCUCUUCCAACCUUGUUAAUCCUGUGAUUCUGUCCCUUCCAACCCAAGACAUUCUGUGAUUCAGUUGGGUUACUUAGCACAAAUUUCCUUCCCCUUGGAAAUUUAUUGUACUUAACACAUUUAAUAAUAGAGAUCUUCAACUGUGUCAAGUGAAAUUUAUAAAGAAAAAAAAAGCAGUGAGCAAUUACAUAGCAACCUGAUAUUUUCCUGUUGGUGGAAGAACUUAAAUUCCAUUAUUUUUCAAAACUUUAUAAAAAUUAGUAUUUGAACCGUGACUGUGUGAGACUUUAGAGUGGACCACACAGGAGGCACUAAAUAACUCUUCAACAGUGCAGAGCCCCAAAACAACCAGAGGAAAAGGCUGUUUUGACUGGGAAGAAGUUGUUACCAAAAUAAAUAAACUAGGGGUGGUCUCAUAGCAGUGCACCUCUCAAACAGGUCAUCACAGGAGGUGUUACCCUGCCAUGUGUGCUGGCACAGCACUGAGCACCACAGGCCCUUCCCCUCCCAAAGGGACCCAGCUCCACCUGUCUGAGGUGUGUGCAGCACUCCAGCCUUGCCCUGCUUAGAAUAAACAACCUCUGCCAGUGUAAUGCAUUUUCACACCCAAAAAACACAUCUGUUCCGUGGGGGGUUUGAAACCAUAGAGCUGUUUUGACAACAAAACUAAACUGCACUCCUAAGGGGACAGCUGCAUCACUAAUUCAUCCAACAGUUUAUUUUUCCCCUGCAACACAAUAUUACACUUUGUAGUUGAACAGCCAGACUCUCUAUAUGAAAAUAUCACCUUCAAGUGAGUUAUGCUGCCUUGUGCAGCAAUUCUGGGCUAGUUAGAAAUAUACUUGUUUUAUAAGGAAAACUGUGGAUUCAUGGUUGAACAGACUUUUAAAUGGAAAUGUCCCAAAUGUUUUUAUGUGGUCUUUUAAGUUCCUCCAUUAAUGGGGGAUAUAAAGAAUGCCCACCUCAGUCAAACAGAUCUUUAUCACUUCUGACUUCACAGUGGCUCUUUUUAUUUAUAGAAAGGUUGCUUUCUCUUGGUGUUUGUUGGUUCCUGUGGAUGGAGGACUCCCAGUUCUUUGUGAUUUGAGUUCUGCUAACAUGAGGUUGCUAACUCUGGUGAUGACUAUUUGGGGCAGGUUUAUCAUGGUGGGGAGGGGGGGGGGGGUUGUUACUUUUUUGCUUAGGAGCAACUCAAAUACCAGUUCCACUGAGGCUGAGUCUGGGAAUCCACCUUUGCCAGGACUGUGGCUCAGCACAAGCAGCAGAGAUAGGGCAGAAACCCUCCAGCUUCACUUUGGAUCCAUCACUGAGGGACCUGCCCCUGUGCUGCUGCACCUGUGGGGUUUCAGGGAGUGGCUGCAAGCUGCCCUUUGGUUUUAUUGCAAGCUGGUCCUACCCAGGCCUAGCUUAAGGAGCCACCAUCUCCUGUAAGGGAAGGAGUUCAGGGUCAGGGAGCAGUAGCUGCCCCUGGAAGAAUCCAGGCAUAAUUCAGCCAGUACCUGUCUGUCCCAGUCCCUGACUCUUGACACGUUUGCACUUUGAGACAGGUGGUGAAUUAUGCUGAGUGCCAAGUUUAUCCAAAGCAAAAGGAAAUGGAUGUUAGAAAAUUAUAAACUGAGCACAGUUUUCCUUUCACUGAAGGGAAAAGUGCUCCAGAACCAACUCAUGGAACCAGGGACACGGGGAGGAUGGGAAUGAUUCAAUGGGCUCGUUUUGCUGGCAGAAAUGUCAUCACCAGUGCAGAUACAAAGCAUGUUUGCCAUGUUAACAUUGAAAAUAAUGUUUCUGAAUAAAGUUAACUGCCUAAUGUUAUGACUUCCACUAAAUAUGUGAAUUUGCUGCUUCUAAGAGGCAAUGUGAAAGAGGAAGUAUUACUUUUGUGUACAAAUUUAUUUAUUUAUUAGAAAAUUUGGUACAAUGUUGUACAUUGAAAAACAUGUAAGAUAUUGAAGUGUCUAACAAAUGGCAUUGAAGUGUCUUUAAUAAAGGUUCAUUUAUAAUAUUAUGGCUGAUUUGUUGAGAGUGAGCUUUUGGGAGUUUCAGUUGAAAAUGAAAUAAAAUUCUAAUCCAUUGCUAUA